GGUCGUAUCACACCACGUGAACGGCCUACGAUGGAGGUUCACGAAGUCGACUAGGUAUCCACGAUGGCACAGUCAGCUGCCUAAGGUCCGGUUGGCUAGUCGCAGCCAGCAAGCUUUCUCCACAAGGUAGACGCGUGUAACAACCAGACACCAUCAUGGCGGACGACGAGAGGAAGCGCAUCGAGGAUGAAAAGAAGAGGAAACAGGCAGAGACCGAGAGGAAGAGGGCGGAGGUCCGCGCCCGCCUCGAAGAGGCUUCCAAAGCCAAGAAGGCGAAGAAGGGUUUCAUGACCCCCGACAGGAAGAAGAAGCUUAGGUUGCUGUUGCGUAAGAAAGCCGCUGAGGAACUGAAGAAGGAACAAGAGAGAAAAGCAGCCGAGAGAAGGCGCAUAAUCGAGGAGCGUUGCGGAAAACCGAAAAACGUCGAUGAUGCUAACGAAGCCGAGUUGCAGACGAUUUGUUCGGCAUAUUGGAACAGAAUGUACUCCCUCGAGGGCGAUAAGUUUGACCUCGAGAGGCAAAUUAAGUUGAAAGAGAUGGAGAUCGCGGACUUGAACAGCCAGGUCAACGAUCUCCGAGGUAAAUUCAUGAAACCAACCCUGAAGAAGGUGUCGAAAUACGAGAACAAGUUCGCCAAGCUUCAGAAGAAAGCCGCCGAGUUUAAUUUCCGUAAUCAGCUGAAACAAGUCAAGAAGAAGGAAUUCACCUUGGAAGAGGAAGAUAAGGAGAACGCGUCAAAAGAUAAGAAGAAACCCGACUGGUCGAAGAAGGGCGACGAAAAGAAGGUAAAGGAGGAGGAGCCGGUGGAGGCAUGAAAAUUGAAAAUCUCGUUCGUGGCGUUCCCGAGAGAAACAUAGGAUCACUUCUGACCGUCAUCGCCAAUAACCGCUCGAUGCAGGCACCGCACCAAAAGAACUUCCUAUAUAUUUUUUAACGAUCGAUUCAUUAAUUUAAUAUAUCCCACUGUCGUGAGUUGCACGCAAAAAUCUUGUUCGCCUGUCUAUCCGUUAUGGUUGCUCAUACGUUCCACAGAUUGUAUCGAAAUAUUUUGACAUCCAAUAUCCGAUCCGUAGCUCGCACUCUACUCGUGCCUGUCCUAUCUUUUUUAUGGAAGUGACGUAUUUUUUUCUUUUUUAAUGGUCCCUGUAAAUCACCGUAAAACUCUGUUGCGUGCAAGAUCCAUAAAAAAAAUGAAAUUAGUUUUCUGCAAACUGAAUGCGUGAGGAGAGAUUGUAAAGAGAGUAAUGGGGGGAAAUGUUACUUAAGGUUUAUUGUAAAGCAAAAUAUUUAACAAUAUUGAAAACCUCUAUGUGUAAUCAUUUUCCUAUGUUUUUUCAUACUCCUGUCGUACUCUACUUGUGACAAUAUCUGUGUUAACCUAUGCUGUGUAACAGAAUUAUGUACCGUGUUUGUUAUAUCUAAUAAUAAUUAUUGAGUGUCA